GCCGCAUUGCUGUCGUCGAUCUGCACUGCGACCGACGCCCGCCACCGACGUCUGCAAUCGAGUAUGCAGCCCGUACGGCAUCUGCGAGCCCGCCGGGUCCGCGCGCAUGUCCUCAGCUCUCCUCGUCUGCAACCUCGUCCUAGGUCAAUAGUUGCCGCGUAUGGCUAUAUUACUCAAUGCCUUUUGAUUCCACAUAUCCAGCAAUCGCCAGUCCUCUCCGUGCUCGCUGCUCGAUAUUCAGGCACCUUUCUCCAGUCACCUGCGUUUUCGCAGCUUACAUACAACUCUGCGAUUCAUGAGUCCUCCCCCAAGCUGCGCAGGCACAAACUAUCAUACAAACAACUCCAUCCAUGUCCAUCACUUCGGGCUCGGGCCUCUCAAUACCUAUUGCACUCCUCCUCUCGGAAUCUUUCGUCCAACUCCACCGAUGUGCUUGAUGUGCAGCUUAGCUGAGAGUAUAGAUCCCCCCAGAUCAUGCGAACAAUCCAAUCAUGCCAUCAUACUAUCACUACAGAUCAUGCAGACACGCCUAUCGAUACAUGUCCCCCUUGUUCAGCCGCAUCAGGGCUCUCAAGCAUUGUCACAACCCUUCUCUUUGCAUUGACGAAAUACACAGGGCUGUGUUUUAAUGAACCUUUGUUGCCGUUGCAACGUUCUUGUCCACUUGUCUGCCUUGCGUUUGGGCGAACACUUUCUCUCGCUAAUAUACUCGAUACAAUUCAUGCAAUUCAUAUAUGUCUCCUUCGUCGGGGCUCCUUCUGACCGUUUCGAUCUCGAUGUCACGUUCUCACGACGCAAUGUGUCCCCAUACGUCUGUCCCAGCUCUUCCCUCUCGCCUUCCCUCUCUUCCCUGUCACUCUCUGUCUUCUCCCGGCGCCACCAUACCAGUAAAAUUAAAUCUCGAAU